AUGCAUCUCUUCGUCCGCGACCUCUCGGGCCACUCGCUCUCGUUCGACCGCACCGCCAUCCCAGUCGAAGACCAACGCCUCGUCUUCGGUUCCUCGCAGCUCGUCUCCGGCCGAACACUCUCGUCGUACGGGAUCGAAGCGGGAAACACAGUCGGCCUCGCAUUGAGGUUGCGAGGAGGCGCACCGAAGAAGAGGUGUGGGUUCAUGUUGACGACGACGGAUAGGUGUUCCCAGGCGGCGGUGAGGAUCGUGGGAGACUGUCAGUUGUGCUCGGCGUCGUUUUGCUCGAGGCACAGGCUGGCGGAGGACCACUCGUGUCCGAAACUGUCGAUGUGCCGAGAGGAGGCGUUUGAGCGCAACAAGGCCCGCCUCGAAGCCGACGCCACGCACACCGAGAAGCUCGCGCGCGUCUAG